AUGCAUACAUCUGGAGGACUUCGGAGUGAAGAAGCAAGCGAUGCUGCCUGGGAAGGAGGUCGAGGGGCACUUUAUGGAGCUGUGAAGUGGGGAGCUUUUGCAGCUCUUUUAGGAGGGGUUGGAUAUGGGAUUUCUCCGAUUUAUAGAGGAUUGACCAUUCAGUUUAAAGUUUUCCUUCAGAUGUCAGGAAUGAUCCUAGGCGGCUGCUUAGAAGCUGAUCAUAGAAUCAGAGAGUAUGAAGCCAAAAUGAGGAUGCAGAGACGCAUAUUGCGUGAUAGAGCCACAUGGGAAAGUUAUGAAAAGGAGUUUGAGGAAUCGUCUAACUCCAAG